GUAGGCCCACACCUUCGUACCAGUACAUUAUCCGCUUAAAUCCACGUCCGUUACGACGAUGCGUUAUUUUCAACAAAUUUUAAGGGUAAUUUCGUCAAACCGGUAAUGUAAAUUCACCAUCUCCGUGCCAGAUCGUCUUUUUCUUUCUCAAAGUAAUUUGUUGUGCUUGCGGGUCUGAGCAGCUCUUUCUUUUUCCCUUUCCCUCGAGACUCUCUCUGCCCCGUUUCUGGCAUUUUUCUUCUGGAUUUCGCAUAAGAAACCCUAGAUUUUGGGUGGAAAAAUGUCUGGCAAAGGAGCCAAAGGCUUGAUUACUGGUAAAUCCACUCUUAAUAACAAAGACAAGGACAAGAAGAAGCCUGUCUCUCGCUCCUCUCGCGCUGGUCUUCAGUUUCCUGUGGGGCGGGUUCAUCGUUUAUUGAAGACCAGGGCUUCCGCAAAUGGAAGGGUUGGGGCAACAGCUGCUGUUUAUACAGCAGCUAUACUGGAGUAUCUUACUGCUGAAGUGUUGGAGUUAGCAGGAAAUGCAAGCAAGGAUCUGAAGGUGAAACGCAUAACACCAAGGCAUUUGCAGCUUGCUAUACGAGGGGACGAAGAACUUGACACCCUCAUCAAAGGAACCAUUGCUGGAGGUGGGGUUAUCCCACAUAUUCAUAAAUCCCUAAUCAACAAAUCUUCCAAAGAGUAAUCUCUCAUUUCUAUAUGUUUGUAUCCUAGUAAAAGCUGAUUAAAAUGUAUGAGAAACACUGAUAUGCGAGAAGCCCUUGAUAAUCCAUUUUCAGUAGUGAAGUGAGACUUGAAUGUUUGUUUGAAAAGCAUUUUAGUUUUUGCGUUGAUGUCUCUGCAUUCGAAUUCGUUGGCCCUUAGUUUCUUUUCUUCCUCUAUGGUAUUGUGGAUUUUUCUCCUGUAUGCUAAGCGUAGAGGAAAAUAGUACCCAUCUGUUGGUUGAAAACUCACUUGGAUCUCAAUAAUUUUAGGAUAACGAUGUUAAUUUUGUUCCUUCUAUGAGUUACCUAAAUUAUUUGA